UGCUCAUGUAGUGCACUGUAUCCUACUCUAGUAAUCAACUGUGCAAUUGUGUUUAGUGUGAGCCUAAAUUUCAAUUUAAAAAUUCUUCAAGAACUUUUAUUUCUGUUCAUUAUUUUAACAAGACCACUAUCUGUGGUCUUUCUGUAUUACUUUAUCUACCCUACUGCUUCCCAUCACUUCAUUUAACCAUUGGAUUUCCCAAGUUGUUGCUCGUUUGUUUGCUCAAUAGCUGCAUUUUACAGUGCAGGCUACUGCUUUCUUGUGCCCAGGUCUGAUGAUAACAACCCUGAUAGUCCUUCUUUCCCCAUUCUCAUGAUCAUAGCACAGAUUACUCUUUCAGAGGUAAUUAAUAAAAGGAGGAAAGACGGCAGUUUGUACCAGGAAAUGGAUAUUACUGAAAUGUAGUUGUGUGAACACAAGAAGUUUUGUCUGAAAAUGAAUUUUCAUGCCUUAAAUGUUACAGAAAUAAUUGAUUAUUAGUUCAGCAUCAGCAGAGUAAAUAGUAAUCGUUAGAAACUCCACUAACCUCUCAGGACCGAGAAAAUGAAGCUCUUGACAUAUUUUUAUCACAGUAAAUAUCCAAGUUUACUGAUUGUUCCAUAGAUAAAAUAGAUAGUCUACUCUAAUCCAUAGAUUAGGAAUGAAUAUAUACACUAGAGGAAAAAAAAAAUUACUCAGAUAUAGCUUCAGUGCCUGUGUGAGCUUCCUUGAGCACAAAAAUUUUAUAUUUAUUGUGUUUCUCUUUCAACCAAAACUAAUUUGAAGUAGUAGAUAAUCAUUUAUUGAUAUAAUUGUCAAUUUCAGGCAGCAUUUAGCACAUUACUACUCUUAGAUGACAGACUAAAUUCUUCCUCUUGCUCUUUUCAACCAGUGUGUGAACAUCAAAUCCUUGGUAUCACAUGAGGUACCUGAGACUGCUUGGUUUUAAUGUUCUCUGGGAUCACACUUACUUUGUAUGCACUGCUGACAUUCAAAUAUCAGCCAGAUGUUGUUGUGAUUUUAUUUUCAACUCCACUGGCCAAAUUGUAUGAACCACUCCACGCUGAUCAGGUUCAUGCAACUUGCUGGGUGAAUCUUUCAGGCAAAAAUUAUCAUCUUAUGAUGACCUUCUUCCUAUGUCUCCCCAGUGAUUCAAUUUGAAUGUAUUCUGAUUUACAAAGGAAAUCAGGGUUUCUAAAUCUGAUUAAUUACAGUCACUAAACAUGCAAUAAAUUGCAGUAAGCUUAUAUAUACAGAAGGAUUCUCCAGUCUUAUAAAUACUAGAACUUUCAAAUGGAGCAAGCUCUUAUUCAUUUUGAAUUCUUUUUUUAAUAGCAAUCAGAAUCCCUGCUUUGAGGAUGACUUCUCAUAUUCAGCACCAUCUAUACUUGUUCUUGUACCUGUAUGUAAACCGACACAAGGUAAAUUGGUCACAAAGUAAUUGCUUAAAUUAUGCUACGGGAGUUUCAUGCCUCAUACUGGGAAAAAUUUCUCCUCAGAAAGAUGAUGAGGAAUCGGAACAGGCAGCCCGUUGAGGUGGUGGAUUCCCUGAGGGUGCGCAGGCCUUGCAGAGAGAUCUGGACAAACUGAGGGGGUGCUUUUAUAAUUUCUUUGGGGAGCCCAGGUGUCUGAUCAUGCAUCUUUGAAUCAUGGCUGGCGAUCAGUUUCCUUUUAUAGAUUCCUUCCAAUUGUUUUUUUAGCCCUAACCUGCAUUGUUUCUGCUGGAGCCCUCGGGUACACAUAAGAUGUUCAGGUAGCACAUGCUGCCAGCGCGGAUCCGGGUCUCGUUACUCAGCCAAGCCAAUUGAAUGCUGUGAAGCACACCUUCCAAAAUACGGAUUAAAGGAACCUCGGCUCUGACAACACCACACAAGCACAAGAUUUUGUUUGCUUUUGAUUUAAUAGCAUAUCUUUCUCUUUUAGUAACACUUCCGGUGAUGCAUGAAUAAACAGAAGCAAUCUAUUAAAAAAUGUCCGAUGCAAACAAAAUUCUCCCCGGGAGGAUACUGUGGAAGACCGUGCUGAAGUCUAGGUAGACUACCUCAGCAGCCUUUCCCUCAUCUACCCAUCCGGUCACACGGUCAUAGAAGGAGAUGAUGUUGGGCAAGCACAACCUGCCUUUCAUGAGCCCGUGCUGGCCGGGCCCGAUCCCCUGGAUGUCAUGCACGUGCCGUGUGAUGUGUACGGAGAUGAUUUGCUCCGUAACUUUCCCUGGUACCGAGGUCAGGGAAGAGACAGGAGAGAGGAGAGUGGAGGAGUGCAGUGAUGCGGCUGUGCUUGUGACAGCAGCAGACGCGUCACAGCGGGGGGGCGGGGCGUUGUCAGGAGGCUGUCAGAGUAGAGGCAGCGCUGCGGCACUUUGGCCUAGGCCUUCGAUAGCGCAACGUACGCUGGCCGCUGGCGACAGCGACCAGCAAAGUUCCAGCAGCGAGGAGGAGGAGGAGGAGGAGGAGGACGAGGAAGAGGAAGAGGAAGAGGACAGUGACUUGGACGAGACACGCGACGUAGGCAGAGUUUGGGCCGACAGCACCCAGUGGCCAGCGCCACACGCGGCCGGCAAGUGCCAGCUGGUGGAGGAGCUGGUGGACGACCUUCUUCGUGCCUGCCGAGGAAAAACGUGCCACAGCUUCGUGCCCCGGCUGCAGCCGGCCAUCGGGGUGGCCUGCGUCUGUGAAGGAUGGAGUGCCCAGGAAGACAACGUCAUCUACCGCCUGCUCGUGCCCAUGAGAGCUCCCCCUGGGCACGCCUUCCGUGUGGAGCUGGGCAACCCAAAGGGGGCAUCAAAAAGGAAGUCCUGUCUGCGUGUGGAGCUGGAGUGCAUGUGUGCGAGGGAGCGGCUGCUGGGGGACAUGCUCUGCUUUCUCCACCACACUCGGAGGGAGCUGAGAGAAAACCAGGAAGCCAGCCUCCUCAACACCUUGUGCAGGGCCUCCUACCUGGACGUGCAGAAAACCACGCGCUGGUUCCAGCAGCGGGUGAAAGCAGCCUGGAAAUGUCUGCCUCAGUCGCGUGACUGGGGCCUGGAGCUGGUGCCCUCCGACCACUCCUGCAAGAUCAAGCUGACCCCCCCCUCCAAGAGCACCUUCACCAUCGAGAUGACUCUUGGGGUGCAGCUUGAUGAAUCGGGCACGUUCCUGAGCUUUGACUAGGCUCAGAC